UAUGGAAAAGACACUUCUUGCCAUUGGUUUAUUGAUGUUAGUCGGAACACUUUACAAUGUUCAAAGCGUUCCUGAAGUUUAAUUGGCUACAUAAUUUACAAAUUAUUAAGCCACAUUCAACAAAUAAUAUUCUGGAUCUGAACUCCUCUAUAGAUUAUCAGUUUAUUAAGCUAACCUUGCCGAUAUUAAAGCCAGAAACGAAAAGGUAGGAAGAGAAAUCUUCGGUGAAACUUAAUUCACAGAUCUUACCGAUGAAGAAUUUGCUGCAAAUUAUUUGACCCUCAAAAUCAAUCCUGAUGAUUUGGAAGUACCAAAGGCUGAAUUCAAUAAUGUUAAUGCUACACCAAUCGAUUGGAGAACAAGAGGUGCAGUCCAAUAUGUCAAAGACUAAGGAUAAUGUGGUUCAUGCUGGGCUUUCAGUACAACUGGUGUCUUGGAAGGAUUCUUCAAGGUCACCACUGGUGAAUUACCAGAUCUCUCAGAAUAAUAAUUGGUUGAUUGCUCAACUUUAAUUGAUUUCAACUAAGGAUGCAAUGGAGGUAUGCCAUCAAGAGCUUUGAACUAUGUCAAGAGAAAUGGUCUUACAACCGAAGAUGCUUAUCCAUAUGUAUUAUUUUAUAUUAAUUCUUAAAUAGACCGCUAAGGAAACUGGAAGUUGCAGAAUCAAGGGAGGUCCCUACAAAGUCAAAGGAUCAACAGCCAUCGCCGCUAACGAAGCUGCUCACUAAGCUGCUCUCUAAUAAGGACCAGUUUCAGUUGCUGUCAAGGCCUCAGAUUGGAAGAACUAUAAACCCACAUCUGAUAAUUACAUCUUCCCAGAUUCUUAAUGCACAGGAGAUAUCAACCACGCUGUUUUGGCUGUUGGUUUCACUUCUGAAGCUCUCAUUGUUAAAAACUCAUGGUCUACCAAAUGGGGAGUAGAUGGAUACAUCUAUCUUUAAGGAGGACGUAACACUUGCAGUGUUUGGGAUAACUCAGUUGUACCAAAAUGAUA